UUUAAAAAUUCUUCAAUUAUUCAUUUGCCUUAACUGAUCUUGAUUCUUAAGUUUCUGAAAAAAAAAAAAAAAAAAAAUAUUAUUUUGAGCAAUUUUUCCGCUAUUACUAUUAUAAUAUUCAACAAGUGUUUUCUCUAUCCACGUGCUUUCGUGCGAUUAUUUAAAUAGAUUUUGAUUUAAUAAAAUAACUCGUCACUUUUGAUCAAAUUUUCUAAAGAGGAAAUAAUUUAAUUAACAUUAAAAUUUUAUUUUGUUUAUUUCGUUUAUUUAAAAGUUCAUUUUUAAUUUAAUCUAAUUCUUUUUUUCUGUAUGAUAUUUGAUCAAUAGUGAAGAGUAAGGGUGAAAAAAAAUUAGCCAGUGUUUUCUAAAAUUAUAUAAAGAAGUGUAAAUUCCAAUUGAAAUUGUACGAAUCGCUUGAUAAAUCUCUCGAGGAUCGAUGAUCUUUGGAAAAAUCAAUCAAUGGGGGAUAUAAUUCUUCAAUAGUAUUAGGUAAAUCUUCUUGAAUUCAAUAAACUUGUAGUCACGGUGACGUGGCUGUGAGCGCCGCAUAAAGGGGCUUAAUGGAGAAAUGACUUAUUUCCAGCCGUAACCCGAACACCAACCCCGGUAUAGACGUUUAUGGGGUGAUGGAUAGCAGGCGCACGUGACUGGUCACGUGGAUAGAAGUGAUCAGAGAAAUCGAGGAACGCUGAUCGUGAACGAUUCUCUGCCAGUUUUCCUUUACUUAUGUGGAAGAAGAAUUUGAUGCGUGACUUAUGUCGCAUCAAAGGAGAUUAAGAGAAGUUUCUGUUUGAUUUAUCACACAGAACGGAUUAACCGUUGUGAUUCAUAUAACAAUCGAAUAAGGACGCACGUGUUUUUCCAAGAAGUUGAAGAUUUAUGAUUUUGAAGACCGAAGUAAUAUAAUUUUUUUCUCGUCAUGAGGAAAAGUUUUGUUACGAGUUGACAAAAACGUUUAGAGCUAUCGAAAGUUCUAAGAAAAGGAAGCACAGGAUGUCUGACGAGAUGCGCGCGCAGCCCUUAGACACGAUAUACGGUGGUAAUAUAAUGCAACCUGACGAGGAGAUUCAGUACGCGCCAAGAAGCCGUCCUGUUAGCUUUUAUGAUAACUUUAAGGACGUGCCAAUGGUGACACCUUGCGUGACUUCCGCACUAAGUGCUGAUAAUUUAAAUCAAAUUCGCGAUAAUGGUAUUAAUUCGUCGAUGGCCACAACCAAUAACAAUAACAAUAAUCGUGUGAAUAGUGCAGUGAGUGCUGGUAACGUGACAAAGAUCCAAAAUCCCAAAGUCACAGGUGCAGUGUCAACAGGGAACAUAGGGAAAAUUUGUCGACUUGAGAAGGAGAAGGAGUUAGGUCGGGCCCCAUCAAUGGCCAAUUGUUUGUCAACCACGGUUCCCGUUAAUCUGGCGGCGUCUCAAAUUGCUGGCCGUCACACGCCCACGAGGAAUUCCCUUAGGCACAGCAGGAUGAUCGUACUCCAUCGAAGCGGCCAUCGACCACAGAAAUUUCUGCCACCGUUAGUUUAUCAUUGGCGGUUGGGACGAUGUUUGGCAGCGCUACAAACGAUCCUCGGUGUCGCUGUUACUGUUUUAUCAUUAUGGUUGCUGCUUUGGGCACCUCAUUUGCCAAUCACGGAUAAUCCUUAUUGGAGUGGAAUGCCGUUAUUACUUUCGGGUAGUUUUGGUAUUUGCCUGCUGUGUUGUUUCAAGAAGGAAUAUCCUGGUAUGAGCCCUGGAUUCUGUCUCACGUCGACCAAGGUAACUAGCGUAUUUUUAGCUAUUCUAGCAACAGUGACGUGCUCCAUCGCUUGCGUAUUCUCUACGAUACACCUGGCGCGCUUAAUGGGCCUGGAAUGCAACCCAGCACGCGUAUUGAAUGCUACUUGCGUGUGCAAGCCCCGCGAGAGUGCAUCAAAUUCCACCGAAACGGCAGUUAGAUACAUUGACCUGAACUGUCCCGAAGUUGAGAGUAUCCUGACCAUUCUUCUAAUUUUUUCCUCCACUUGCAACGCUCUUGGAGCCAUAGUAACUGGCUGGUAUACUUAUUUACAUUGGAGCACUAGGAACAAAAGACCAAAAUACAUGCAAGUCAGGACAAAUCCGAUCAGUGGGAACAAUUUCCUGAGCAGUAGGCCAAUAUACAAUCCAAAUUUGAGCGAACGAUGACAAUCUUUAAACGACACUGAUGGCAACGAUAUCUCGUAUCUUCGUUAUUCCUCGUUAACGAUGGAUGAUGGAAUGUUUUGAAGAAGUCUCGAAUAACGACAGAGUUUCUCAUGGAACUGGACUCAUGUGAACAGUAAUAAUGGAUUUCACUGAAUUUUUUUUUAAAUAAUUAAAAGAUUAAUUAUAAGACGGUUAAUAAUAAAACAUUAGUGUUUAUUUAUGAGAGAUAUCAGAAAUAAAAUAUUGAAAUACGUGUGAACUAGUCUCGGAUGUGAAAAUAGAUCUGUGCAUGAUUUUUGAAGAUUAUUUAUAAUGGACUUUUUGAAAAAGAUUGUAUUGAUCAUUUUCUUGUUAUUGAUACAAACCAGUAGUAUUUUUUUUUAAAUGCAGAGAUCAAGACAAAUAGGAUAAAGAUCGUACAAUGGAAUUUACCAAUCUUAAUGUGUUCUUAAUAUUUAUUGUAUUAAAAUGUAUUAAGUGAUUCAUAAAUUUUUAAAACGUGAUGAAACGUGACUCUAUUUUAGAUAUUCAUCAGUAAUAUAGAAGAAAUUAAUAAGCAAUAAUAACUUUUGGAUUGAAACAAUUUUCCCUUAUGUAAUUGAAGAAUAAAAUAUUACUGUAUGAACGUAUAUACAUAUCAUUAAUAUAUGAUUGAUUAAGAAAAAGUUUCUUCCGAUGAUAGAAACAUAUUUAUAAGGGAAAAAAAUGUGUCAAUUUCUAUAAUAUUAUAAACGAUGUAAUAAUUAAUACAAUAACGGGUCAUUCCAUGCGUGAUUAAUCUCCGUAUGGAUCGUCAGUAUUUUAGAUGUAAUUAGCAAUUAUAAUUGAAUGUAAAUUGAUUGUGUUUUGUGUAUGUGUUUGUACGUGUAUGUUUUGUGAUCAUAAACAAUAAGUAAAUUACACACAAGAAUGAAUGAAACGCUUUUAACUUCUUUAUUUUAAUGUUAUCGAUUUUAUACCUCAUCUUGAAUACGUGUAUUUUAAGAAAUUUUAAUUUUUAGAAUCGUUCAAAUCUAUAAAGAAGAUGUUUUUAUCAUAAACGGAUAAAUAAAUUA